AUGCUCUGCAAACGUCAGGAAAAAUAUAUUGAAAUAGUCAAAGAACAAUUUUUAAAUUAUUUCGACAGUAAAGGUGACAUAUUGACCGAAAAAUUUGACGAGUUUGUGGGAAAAAUGUUAAAAGAAUUAAAACCACUUUGGACGACACCCAAAUCAUCUGUGUACCCAAGUCACUUGACGCGAUUUAUUACAAAUUUGAAAAUAAAAAAAGUGAUUGCCAAAUUGAAGGAAAAAGAAUCAUCAAAAACUCAGUUAUCUGUAACUGGACAUUCGGAACAAGAGCAUUCAGAUAUAGAAGAUUCAUCACUACAUGCAAUACCAUCAAGCACCGAAGGAAAUAUCGAAGAAUAUGCAGCAGGUCCUUGUAUUUCGCAUGGUGCUCUUUAUUCCAUCGCAAUAAAUUAUGGCCACGAUAGUGAUGAAAGUAUAAAUUAUGAAGAAUUGCCGCUAGAAAACAUUGAAGACAGAAUGAUUAGUCAGUCGUUUGCGAUGUCUCAUACGUCAAGAAUGGGUUAUGAAAUUGAUUCAGCCAAUAAUGAUCUAUCAGCUGCUGUUGUCAAUUUUGAUGAUGAUAUUACCAUGAAUUUUGAAUCCACACAUAAUAUGCUAGCCCCUCCUAAACCAGCAGUGACUCAAAAUCCACAGCAACAAAUAAUUAGUCUGGAAGAAUUUCCAACGGAAGAGGAAGAAUUGCAAGAAUUAAACAAUAUUAGCGCUCAUGAUUCUGAUUCAUCUUGGAUGGACUUUUUAAGCAAAAAGUAUAACAACGCUGAAAAAGAAAUGGAACAGGAAAGAAACAGUUGCGAUUAUGAUGUCACCUGUCCCAUGGACAUUAGUCUGUCGAUUGAUUUUGGUGAAUCAUUUUCAAUGACUGAUUUAGGGAAGACAGACGAAGAAAUUGAUGAUACUGUCAUUGGAGGGAUGUCUCAAAUAUUCAUGGAAAAUAAUCAAUUGUUUCUACGAGAAACUUCAUCUUUCGAACACGUUUCAUUAGACGAAACUAUUUUUGAUGAAGACUGA